AUGUCCGGCUGUCCCGUCGACCACAGCGCGCAGAAAAAAACGGAGACAUGUCCAGUCGACCAUGGAGCAUUAUCUCACGACUCAUCAGCGUCUUCUAGCUCGAUAUGGUCCCGUUUGUUCUCCUCUUCUCAGCCCAAACCAUCCACUUCCGCACCCCACCUCUCGACGGAGCGCGAGCUCUCUUCCAUUCCCAAAGCUACAGACGGAAACUGGGUGUACCCGUCAGAGGCUCAAUUCUUCGCAGCAAUGGAUCGCAAGAACCAUAAUCCUCAGGCCGCGGAUAUGAAAACUAUCGUACCGAUACAUAAUGCCGUCAACGAGCGGGCGUGGGCGGAGAUCAUGAAGUGGGAGGCAGGACGCGGGGGCGAAGCUUGUGGUGGAGUUAAACUCGUCAAUUUCAAGGGGCGACCAGGGGAUAUGAGCCCCAAGGCGAGGUGCAAGUCGUUUUUAGGCUAUGCGGCACCAUUUGACAGGCAUGACUGGAUUGUGGAUCGCUGUGGGACGCGCACACGGUACAUAAUUGACUUUUACACGGGGCGUAGUCAAGGGGCGCAGAGCAAUCUGUCGUUCUACCUUGACGUGCGACCUGCGUUGGACAAUUGGGAAGGCGUGAAAAUGAGAGUUUCACAUUUCUGGGGGUCAUGGUUGCAGAAUUCGACGUCUUCGACACCAAAGCACACUUCUUGA